AUGAAGGCAGGCCAGUGGGACCCCAAACAACAAAAAGUCGUCAUAAACGAUAUCCCUAAGCCCUGCGAAAACCCAAAUCAAUUCCUCGUUAAAAUCAAAUCUGCCUCACUAUGCCACUCAGACUUGAUGAUGCACAUGCGGCCCCCAGACUACGCUGUGACCAUGGGUCACGAAGGCGUCGGCCACAUUGUCUCUAUGGGCACCUCCGCCGCCACCCACGGCUUCCGUGUCGGAGACGCCAUCGGCUUCGGCUACUUCAUCGACUGCUGUUUCGAAUGCGAAGGUUGCAUGGUGCACAACAUGCACUGCGAGACCGGGAACCAGAAACUGCAAGGUGUGGUUGUCGAUGGCUAUUUUGCAGAAUAUGCGGUUGUAGAUUGGCAGAAUGCUAUCAAGUUGCCUGAGACGCUGGAUAUGAGUUGUACUGCGCCGCUGUUUUGUGCGGGGAUUACGGCGUUUCAUUCGGUGGAUGGGUGUGAGUUGGAAGAGGGAGAGUGGUUGGCUGUCGUUGGCUGUGGGGGUUUGGGACAGUAUGCUAUUCAGUAUGCUAAAGCGAUGGGGUAUAAGACCAUUGGUCUAGACAUCAGCGACGCUCAACUCGAUAUGGCGAAAAAAGUCGGCGCAGACGCUGUCUUCAACUCUAUGACGAACAAGAACUAUGUGGAAGAGGUCAAGAAGCUCACGGGUGGAAAGGGAUGUCAUGCCGCUGCUGUUUACAGCGCUUCAUACGCUGCAUAUGCUGGUGCGCCAGAUGUCCUGCGUAUAGGUGGCUUACUUAUGGUUAUUGGUAUCACACCCAAGGGACUCGAUUUUGUGUCGACUCUCGAUCUGGUGCUAGGUAAGUAUCGCAUCAAAGCUGAUAGUACGGGGAUCCCGCAGCGGAUGAGGAAGGCGGUUGAGUUUACUGGAAAGCAUCGGAUCCAGCCGGAAGUUGAGCUUCGCAAGAUUGAGGACUUGCCGCAAAUGGUCGAGGAUAUGGAGAAUGGGAAGGCGGAUAAGAGGCAGGUGGUUGUAUUUUGA